AUGGCUGAGAGUACUUCGAGCACGAUACCCAGACGUCCCAAGACCAAGUCCAAGGAGCCGUUCUACGCCGUGUCGCCCCGAUGGAAAGACGUCGUGCCCAUCCCCCUCAUUGACGGCCCACCCCGACCACCACCCGGCAGCGGCCAAAGGGACGAUGAUCCCGGCCCCGCGCUUGCCACCAUCGCCUACUCGGUGCGGUACAGCGAGGCCAUGUCGUACCUGCGGGCCGUGAUGGCGAUGAACGAGCUUAGCCGGCGCGCGCUCGACCUGACCGAGGACAUCAUCGGCAUGAACCCGGCCCACUACACUGUGUGGCUGUACCGCGCCAAGAUCCUCAAGGCGCUGUGGAAGAAGGAGGGCGUGAGCGUCGAGGACGGCGUCGGGGCCGAGUUGGACUGGUUGGAGGGCGUCAGCGAGCGGAAUUUGAAGAACUAUCAGAUCUGGCACCACCGCCAACAGCUGAUGUCCCUCCUGCCGCGGCUGCCGGCCACCGAAGCCGACUUCAUCACGCACAUGCUCUCGUUCGACGCCAAGAACUACCACGUGUGGACGUACCGGCAGUGGCUGUGCCGGCGGUUCGCGGACCCGCUGCUGACGACGGACCAGGAGCUGCGCGCCGUGGACGCGCUGAUCCGCGACGACGUGCGCAACAACUCGGCCUGGAACCACCGCUACUUUGUGUGCUUCGGGGCCGAGGAGCUGGCAGCCAUGGAACCGAAGGCGGCGACGACGGUGGGAGGGGGUCGGGGUCAGGAGGAGGAGAAGGAGGAGGAGGCAGGUCAAGGCCACCACCACGGCGGCGGGCGGCGGCCGAAUGUGAUCCGCAAAGACGUCCUCGCCGGCGGCACGCUGCUGCCGGUGGUCGACGAGGACGUGGUCGAGCGCGAGAUCAACUACGCCAAGGACCACAUCGCGUGGGCGCCGCAGAACCCGUCGCCGUGGAACUACCUGCGCGGGGUGCUCCGGCGCGCCGGCAUCCCCGUCACCGACCUGCAAGUCUUCUGCGAGGGCUUCGUCGGCGGCGGCAAAGACGCGGACCUCAUGGGCGACGGCGUCACCAGCAGCCACGCCAUCGACUGGUUGGCCGACAUCUAUCGCCUGGACGGCAAGGUCGAGCGCAGCCGGGCCUGUCUCGAGGCCCUGGCCGCCAAGUGGGAUCCCAUCCGCAGGAAGUACUGGGAUUGGAGGGCCAAGCAGCUGGUUGGUUGA